AUGAUGGUGUUGGAUUGUGACCUAUUGCUGGGCAUAAUCGAGUGUAACAAGCGGGGUCUGGUACAGAGUGCCAAAUGGCUAUCGGAGCUAAACCACGGUUUGUCUGAUGUUUCUCUGAAGCAUACCGGUAAAUCAUUCGAAAAUCUGCAUUCCGGCAUUGCCAGCGAGGAGUACGAUGACUAUGUGCUGGCAAAGAGUUACUUCGACGUCCGGGAGUACGACCGGUCGGCUUACUUUACGCGAAAUUGCAGCUCGACGGUUCCACGAUUCUUGCACAUGUAUGCGACGUACAUGUCCAAGGAGAAGAAGCAUUUGGACAAUAUGAGCGAUCAUUCGAUUGUGAACUCCAACAGUCAUGUGAAGGACUUCUCCGAACUGCUGGCCACGCUCCGGGUGGAUCAUGGCCAAAAGAAACUGGACGGAUAUUGUUUGUGGUUGUACGGGGUCAUCCUGAAGAAGUUGGACCUGAAUCAGAUGGCGGUGCAGAUCUAUGUGGAUGCUAUCAAUGCAGAACCGACGAUGUGGGGUUCGUGGUUGGAGCUGGCUCCGCUGGUUACCGAUAAAAAUAUGCUGCAAAACCUAAAACUGCCCAACCACUGGAUGAAGCAGAUCUUCAUCGGAUACACCUAUAUCGAGUUGUUCCUAAAUGACGAAGGAAUUAAGAUUUUCGAACAUCUACAAACCACCGGCUUUGGCAAGUGUAUUUUCAUACCGACGCAGCUGGCGAUUGCCUUAGCACAAGAAACAAGGAAACGGGAAAGGAGACGUGAACAUCAAGUCAAUGGGUGCCGAAGCCAUAAUUUACCCUACGUGCCAGAAUAA